AUGGGAACGUCCUUCCUCGAAAUCCUGCAGGACUCGUUGACUCGCAAGCUGCUGGGGUUUGAGGCCGUCCACGCCGAACCGAUACCAUUCAUCAGUGGAGUCACAUCGCGGCUGAAGUUCUUGCUGAACGAUGCCAUGCAACAGCUGUCGUUCCUCAAGAUUGGUUAUACGGCGCUCGAGGCGUUCUUGCAGGCAAACUGUACGGGGCCACCCCUGGACUUCAACGCCGACGAGGUCAUCUUUCCAGAGAUAUACCGAAACCAGGGUCUCGAGGCCCUGAGACAGGCACUGUUUGAGGACCUUUCCGUCGAUGGCUCUCGCCCGUAUCCAUUGACGCCGCACCUGGAGCUCUUCUGGCUCGCCAAAGUCAUUCUGUCCAAUCCGACACUGGCGGAAGCUGGGUUCAAUGGCCGGAGGGCACGCUUGCGGGUCAACUUCUGGCACCAGAAACUCCUGUUGGAGGAGUCCCCUUCCCUCCGUGAUACCAUCUAUGCCGACGCCGACGUUCUCGAGCACCAACUUACUUCUCGCUUGGCAUUUGGCGGAGCAGGUGCCGAAGAACACUUCGUCGGCUUCCUCAUCGAGCGAGCCGUAAUUCGGACACACUACGGCGAUGAUGCGCUGGCGAGGGCGGACCUGGCCAAGGCUGCCACGACGCGUCAGUUUCAAUUUGUGCUGACGGGCGCGUUGGGCAAAAGGACGAAGUUCCAGGACCGAGAUAUCAGCCAACUGGUCGUCCUGGCGAAGAGCCGAGAUCGAGAACCAGAACCUUACAGCAGUCGCAAAGGGAGUCGGGUCGAGGGCGCAAAAUCUAGCGAGGCCAUGGUGGAACCUGCCCGUGAUGAAGCUGUUGCGACGCCGAAAGCCACGGCGACAAAGCCUGAGAGCCUUCUGCUUAACGACGACACCCUUCUCGAGCACAUCCAGUUCCAAUCUCCGACCCCAGAAGCACCCGUAUCAGAAGACACAAUGACACACGUUGCGUCCCCCAAUUCGGACAUCCCACCACAACUCGCAUCUCUCGAUCCGGCAAAUCAGCCGCUCCUCUUCCCCAUCGACAGUAUCAUCCUGCUUGCCACCGCGAGCAGUAUCACCAACACCUCUCCGGACGACGGGCUGGUGAGGGAAGAGACCUUGCCUUACGCGACGCGAGUCCUGGACGGAGGUUCAUCCAACUGGCAGGUAUACACCCAAGCCCUGCUGGUCCGGAGUAGAAUCGAGGGUUAUCGAGCCCGUACCGCUGAGCGAGGCCUGCUGCAGCUGCAGGCCCUGGUUGAUCAGGUAAUUGUCGAAACGACACCGGAACCUACAUCGUCAGCAUCAGAUGUGAAGGACCCAACGACAUCCACCACAGAACCAGCAGGCCCGUCGACAACAGGUGCAACCACAUUCCUGCCCAAGGCAACCCCCUCUGAGUCCGCCUCCGUCGCCGAACGUCUCAAAUACGUAUACCAGCUUUCGCCACCGCUGCGGUGGGAGCUCGAAGCCGAGCUUGCGCAGCGCUGGACUCAGAUGGGCGGCCUCAAAACCGCGCUGGACAUCUACACCCGUCUGCAGAUGUACGCGGAAGUGGCGCUAUGUCUCGCAGCAACGAACCAAGAAGCCAAGGCUGUCGAGUUGCUCAAGGACUUGCUGUUUGGAGAAUCGCAGGCUGCAGAUAGUACGGACAGACAGCUUCGCUCACCUCCACCUGCGGACACCCCCCGCCUUCUUUGUAUACUAGGCGACAUCACCGAUCAGCCCUCCUACUAUUCCCUGGCCUGGACCGUCUCCUCCAACCGAUACGCCCGCGCACAGCGGUCGCUCGGCCGGUACCACACCAAGAAGCGCGACUUCCCGCGCGCCGCAGAAGCAUACACCCUCGCGCUGAGGAUUUCUCGCCUGGACCGAGCGAGCUGGUUCGCGCUGGGCUGUCUGCAGCUGGAGCAGGAGGAGUGGAUGUCCGCUGUCGAGAGCUUUACUCGCUGCGUACAGUUGGACGACCGGGAUGCGGAGAGCUGGUCGAAUCUGGCCGUGGCGUUGCUGAGGCUCGACAAACCCGUGGAGGGGACCGUGGAUGUGCGCCCAGAACCAGAUCGCGAGGCCGCUAUUACAGCCACGACCAGCGCUGCCGAGACGGUCGACGGUGACGAAACAACAACACCUCCCACGCAGAAAACCGACCCGUACCGGCACCUGCGGGACGCGCUGCGGGCGCUGCGGCGCGCGGCGACCUUGAAAAGAGACGACGCCCGCAUCUGGGACAACUACCUCACGGUCGCGGCGAGCAUCCCGCCGUCGGCGAAUACGCCGUGGGGGGAAGUCAUCCAGGCCAUGCAGCGCGUGGUGGAGCUGCGACGCCAGCGAGAAGGCGAGAAGUGCAUUGAUCUGAAGAUCUUGGCCGUCCUCACCGACUACGUCACGGGGACCUGGACGUAUCCCUCGAGAGAAGAGGAGAAGGACGGGGAUGGAGAAGACGACGACCUGCAGGACGAAGACUUUGCCGCCACCGCCACCGCGGCGCAGGACGGGCAGAGCGGGAAGGACGAGGGGAUACCAACACCGACACCGACGACGACGACGACGACGACGACGACGACGACCGCAACGCAAGGCGGGAAACUGCCCUACAUCCCCCGCGCGUUCCUGGCCCUCAUCGACCGACAAAUCAGCCCGCUGGCGACGUCAUCGGCACCGCUGUGGACGCUUUUAUCCCGGGUCGCGCAGUGGCGGCGCCGGCCUCACGCGGCGCUGCAGUGGAGCGAGAAGUCGUGGCGCGCGGUGCUGGAGCCGGGGUCGUCGGCGGCGGUGUCGUCCGGCGAGGACACGACUUUCGACCACGUGGCCCCCGAGCGCUGGCGCCAGGUCGUCGACAAGACCGUGUGGAUGAUGGCGCGGUACCGCGAGCUGGGACCGCUGCCGCGCGAGCGCACCGGCGGGCCCGUCGAGGCCAAGUGGCGCUUCAAGGCCCGGAGCGCGGCGCGGAGGGUCCUCGGCCGCGCGAAGGCCUGGGAGGAACGAGGGGACGAGGACUGGGCGAGGCUGAAGGCCGCGGCGCGCGAGGUGGAUGCCGACGCCGCUGCCGGUGCUGCGUGA